AAUGUCAUUUGUAUCAUGUGGUUGAACACAUUGGUCGUACGUAAACUCAUACAAGUAGUGAGAUUCGUUACAUUUUGUUUGAAACGAAUACUUUGUUGUUCGAAACGUCGCAAAGAUUCUGAAUCACUUCCAUUCACCGUCAAUAAACAUGAACCAAGCCGUGAUUAUGAUUCAUCACAGUCGCAGAAUCAGUGGAAUAGCUGGAGUAAUAAACCAUUCGUAAAUGUGGUUGAAGAAAAAAUUGAUGAAUAUCGAAGAAAACAAGCGGAACUGUUAGCGUUAGCGUCUCAGCAAGAAAAUGCAUGCGAUGAACCAGAUUUCUUUAGUGAUAUGCAACCGAACGUUAAACGCGCGAAAAAGGUUUUUAUUUUGUGUUCACGUGAAAUUCUGUCAUUUUAUUCUAUUCCAUUAUUUGUUUUCUUAUGA